AUGGAGCGUGCGCCUGACCAGCCGCACCACGCCCAGCACGCCUUCCCCGACCUGUCUGAGCUGUCCGACUCGUUCAACAGCGCCUCGUCGUCCUCGGCACCUCCCCCGCCUCCUGCGACCGACGACGGCGACCCGGCGAGCAUCUGGGCCAGCGUACCGUCGACCAAGCCGUCCACUGCAGCCGGCGGCACCUCGGCGAGCGGCUACCACGCCACCUACCUCGCGCCGGCACCCGCUCCCCCACCAGACGACCUCCUCGCCGACCUCGACCCGCUGUACCAGGGCACGCUCGGCAGCACCGUCCGCCGCGGCAGCAAGCUCGAGGUCCUCGACAACAGCGGGUCCGAGUCGGGCAGCCCGACCGAGGACCGCCGUCUCGCCGACGACCAGCGUCGCGCCGCCGCACAGCUCGGCACGGGCCCGCCGCCGCCAGCGAGCAGUGGCGGGACCGGCGGGUUCAGCUUCGGCAGCGUGCUACGGAGCAUCAGCGGCACGCCCGCUCGAGACCGCGCCGCGGCUUCCACCCCUCCCCCACCUCAGCCACGCGACGCAUCCACCAGCGCCGCCGCCGCGACUCGCCCUCACCGCCCCUCGACCCCUCCUUCCGCCGCUCCCCCCUCUGCGCCUCAGACGCCUUCGGGACCGUCCGGUCUCGCCAAGCCGCUCGCCUCGAUCGCGUCCGUCUUUCGCUCGACGGGGCGUACGUCGGCGUCGAGCAGCUCGACCAGCACGCCGCAGCCGGGCAGCUCGCCACAGCGCGAGAAGGGCAGCUUCAUGACGGCCAUCGUCGGUGCGGGUUCGGCCAAGGGCAAGGACAAGGAGCGCGCGCCGCAGGCCGACUCGGAGCAGGAGAAGGGCGGCGAGCUCGACGAGAAGGGCGGCGGCAAGGGCAAGGAGCGCGCGCAGUUGCCGGAACCCGUCUUUGACUUCAACAAGUUCCUCGAGCAGAUGCGCUCCCGUACGGCCGACCCUAUCGCCAAGUACCUGCGCUCGUUCCUCAAGGAGUUCUCGCGCCGUCCUCCAGUAUCGACGAGCGAUCAAGCGCGCGUCAUCAACGACUUUCUCGACUUCAUCGCCGGCAAAAUGCGCACCGUCGACCCGUGGAAGUCGCUGCUCGACGUCGACUGGCGAGACGACCCUGAACGAGCCGAGGCCGAGUUCGACCUCACCCUCGAGGCGAUGGAGAAACUCGUCAUGAACCGCCUUUGGCAUCUGACGUUCACGCCGGCCCUCGACCUGAGCGCCUUCCCGAGCAACAUGUCGCCGUCGGGCGACGUCGAGCGCGACGAGAUCCUCAAGCAGCGCAUGCGCCUCUUCUCGUGGAUCGAGCCCAAGCACCUCGACCUCCCGAUCCCGUCGCCGUCCUGUACCUCGUCGGAACCAGCUUCGCCUACGGCGCCUGCAGCCGUCCCGUCUUCUUCUUCUUCAUCGUCGACUGAGCCGGCCGAGGCCCAUGAGCCUGCUCCAGCCGAGGCGAGCAAGGUCGGCGUGUCGCAGCAGGCGCACGAGCCCGUCGUCGCCGUCAAGGAGCGCAAGCCCAAGGGCGACAAGGUGCAGGGCUUCCUCGACUUUGCGCAGCGCGAGUUGCGCAAGAUGAACCAGUACAAGGCGCCGCGCGACAAGCUCAUCUGCGUCCUCAACUGCUGCAAGGUCAUCUUUGGCCUCAUUCGUCAUGUCUCGAGCGGCGACCAGGGCGCCGACGCCUUCAUUCCGUUCCUCAUCUACGUCGUCAUCCGGGCCAACCCUGAGCACCUCGUCUCGAACCUCCAGUACAUCCAGCGCUUCCGCAACCCGGAGAAGCUGUCGGGCGAGGGCGGCUACUACCUGUCGAGCCUUAACGCCGCCAUCUCGUUCAUCGAGUCGCUCGACGCGUCGUCGCUGUCCAACAUCACCCAGGACGAGUUCGAGUCGAACGUUGCCGCCGCCGUCAAGCAGGUCGCCAGCGAGGAGCCACCUCCACCGCCACCACCUCGCGACAGUGCCCCCUCGUCUCGCCCAACCACGCCUUCUACCGCUCCUCGACCGCCUACAUCGUCAUCCGGCCCUUCAGCCGACCUCAUCCAGCCCUCGGAGGCCGCGUCGGCGUCGCUCCUUGCGCCGGCCGGCGAGGGGGGCGUUGCACCCGCGACGCCGUCGGCGCAGGACCUGUCGUUCCCCGAGUCGAUGAAGGCGUCGCUCCUGCGCGGGACCGACUCGGUCGAGCGCGCCAUGAGCAAGCCGCUCGGGGCGCUCGCGCGCGUCUUUGAGCAGCUCGAGCAGACGGCCAACGAGCUCACGGGCCAGGGCCAGGCGCCACCGCCGCAGGUUCCGCCGCAGGUUCCGCCGCCGCCGUUCCCGCCGAUGCCUGGUGCGGCGAGGCCGGGCGUGAGCAAGCGCAGGAGCUACUACGGCGGCAGCGGCGGCGGCCCUCGUCGGCCCGAGCUACCGGCGUUGCCGCCCUCGAGUGGGUCGCUGCGCGCCGGGAAGCAGGACGACGAGGGCGACGAGGGCCAAGGGCCAGACCUGCGCAUGUACGCGCCCGAGGAGGAGACGGACGAGGCGGUCCUGAGGGAGAUUGACCGGCAGCACGAGCAGGCGAGGCUCGCCGCGCUCGAGACGCUGCAGGGCAUCUUCCCCGACGUCGAGAACGAGGUGCUCGAGAUGGUUCUCUUGAGCAACUCGGGCGACAUGGGCAAGACGAUCGACAGCCUCCUCGAGAUGACUGCAACCACGGAUACCCUCUGGACUGAGCCGUCGUACCGCAUCCUCGCCGGCGAGAUGAAGGCGCUCCCCUCCCUCGGCACCUCCUCCUCGACAGCCUCGUCCCCACCUCCUCGUCCGGCCACCACGGCCAGCGCCCUCGUCUCUUCGACGACGCCGCCCGCAUCCGAGGAGCCGUCGCCGACCGACCUCCUCCUCGCAACCCCGCCCACCCUCCUCAAGCUCUUCGCCCUCUCGGCCCCGGUCAUCCACGCCAGCGCGACGUUCGUCCAGCUCGUCACCUGGACCCACCCGUCGUUCUUCGGGUCGCUCCUCGUCCUCCUUAGCUGGUGGGCCGUGUGCCUGUUCGGCUACGCCGUCGCCGUUUACGGCCUCAACGCCGCCCUCCUCGUCCUCGUCCUGCACAAGUACCUCGCCGCCGCGCGCAAGACGGGCAAAGGCGCGCCCGCCCCGUCCCUCCGCCACCGCCAGCGCAACGUCACCCUGUCGCCGGCGGCGUACGCCCAGCUCGUCAACUCGGCCCACGUCCUCGCCGAGCACGUCCAGUCGUUCCGCACCGAGGUCGUCCACCCGCUGUCGGCCCACUUCAGCCUCACGCCGCUCCGCCCCUCGACACCCGCACCCGCCUACGACACGGCGUGGUUCCUCGUCACCUCGUACCCUUUCUACCUCGCCCUCACCUUCUUCGUCCCCGUCCGGUACCUGUUCCUCCUCGUCGGCACGGUCGGCAUCCUGUGGCAGGCGCCCUUCUUCGCGACGCUGCGCGCCCUCCUGUGGCGCAGCGCGUUCGUGAGGUGGGUCUGCCGCCUGUGCGUCGGCGUCCUGCGCGGCGGCAAGGGCGUCCAGCGCGAGUGGGGCCGCACGAGGACCGGGCUCGGCAUUCCCGGGCUCGUCGGCGCCCAGGUCGGCGCACUCGGCGGCGGGCGCCAGCGCGGCGAGCCCGUGGUCGAGGAGAAGCCGGUCAAGAAGCCGCGCAGCAGCAGCGUCGGCCUCGCUGGCGGCGCGUCGCCGCCGGCCUCGCCGCCUCUUGCAGCGGCGGCCCAAGCGUCGUCGACGGUGGCAGUGCGGCAAGAGAAGGCGGCUGAGGCGGUCGCGCUCGAGGAGGAGGCGGCGGUCGACGAGGGCGAGGACGUGCAGGUCCAGUUCACCGUGUUCGAGAACCAGCGGUGGUGGGUCGGGCUCGAUUGGACGCACGCCCUGCUCCCGGGCGAGCGCGCAAGCUGGACCGACCCGGACAACAACCCGGCCAACCCGCCCGCCUCGUUCGUCCUUCCUCCGCCCUCGGUCGCCUACGUCGCCUCGCCCACCAAGGCCGACCCGCACUCGCGCCUCAAGAAGACGACCGAGUGGCGCUGGCUCGACCCCGAGUGGCACGUCCUGCGCUCGGCCGUCGCGUCGGUCGCGCUCCCGGUCGGCGGCGCUGGCGGCGGUGCGGCAGUCGCGCCCGACGGCUCUCAGCCUGCGCUCGCGAACCCGCCGUCGCCCACGUUCUCGCGCACGCUCGGCCAGAUCGCGGCCUCGGCCGUGACGGGCGCGUCGCACUCGAGCUCGACCUCGCUGUCGACCUCGCCGUCGCUCUCCCUCCUCUCGUCGCACGUCAACUCGCAGGCGCCGUCGUCGCCCUCGUUCGUCUCGCCCUCGUCGACCGACCUGUCGUACGCCGACUCGCCCCUGUUCGCCGCAUGGAGCGUCGACGACGAGGGCUGGCAGUACGGCGACAACCACUUUGAGAAGAUGGGCCCGCGUGGCGGCCUCGGCAAGUACACGCGCCGGCGCGCCUGGGUCCGCCGAGCUGGACUCGUCGAGCGCACCGAGCGCGUCCCGGGCGCCGCCACGGCGGCGACGGCCGGCGGCUCGGCGUCGACGGCGCACGCAGCCGGCUCGACCGCGGCGAGCGCCGGCGCGGGGACGGUCCUUGCCGUCAAGAAGGACGCGACGGCGAGCGCGCGCGACGAGCGCAGGUCGGGUGCGAGCCCGAGGAGGAGGAGCGCGUCGGGCUCGAGGCCGGCGACGGGUGGGGCAGCAGGAGGAGGAGGCUCGAGCGCCUUGCGAAGCGGGAGCAGCAGCGGCGCGAGGAAGCGGACGUCGAUGCUCGUCGACGGCGGUGGAGAGGGAGCGAGUGCAGGAGGAGGUUGAGCGAUGGCGCAGUCGUAGCGGUACCGGCGCAAAGAGCUUUGAUCUGUUGGCCCGGUC